GGAGACGUCGAGCGGCCCCACCCAUAGUAUCUGUGGGUGCGGGUGGUGACAUGAGCGGAGGAUGGCCCCGCCCUCGGAGGUUGGUCUGUGAUUGACAGAUCGCCACCUUGAAAGGGAUUUCCGGUCGAGAGAGAGCGACCCACGUGGACCGGAAGAUGGCACCGGGAGGAAAGAUCGACAGGAUCAACCGGCUCCGGAGCGAAUUACAGGGAAAUAUUCUCAAAAGACGGAGGCUUUUGAGGAAGGAGAAGAAGAAAAAGCGUGUUAUUGUGGGUGCGGUGAUUGACAAGGGACUGAUCACUUCUCAUCACCUGAAGAAGAGAUGCUCGAGUAAGAGGGCAAAUAUCACACUGUCAGGGAAGAAAAAGAGAAAGUUACAGAAGCAGAUCCGUCACAGUCAGAGGGAGCGAUCAGCCAUGGAUGUUGAACCUGCCACAUCGAAGUGGAUCAGACCAUCAGCCAGCACGGAGGUGGAGAAGACAGGAAGCAAAGUGGUGACUGUGGAAGUGAAAGAUGAAGAAAUGGUGGAGUAGUGUGGUUGAAACGAACAAGGGAAAAUUAUCCAUAAAGGGCCUGCUUUGUGUGGCAGUAGCUAGAGUGCAGGGUUCAGUGAUGAUCCAGAAAGGCCCUUCAUGAUGUAUUGUCAGUGUGACUGCUGCCAUUGUUCACAUCCUGGCUGCUUAGAGCUCUACAGUCUGAAUUUGUCAGAUGACUAUUUAUCUGAUAAAUGCGUAUGGAGCACCAACUACUGCAACUGGGCAUAAAGACCAUUCAUUGAUGACAAAUAAUUACUUAUUCCAUUAUUGCUGUUGUCACUGAGUAAUACAGAACUUAACAUCACUGAAAGCAGACAUUUCUGCAACUUAUCACCUGGCAUUUGAAACAAACAUAAGAACACUUGAGACAAAUACAAACAGUUACAACAAUGUAUGAGUAAAAAAUAGGGGUGCUGACUCCAAUUGGCUGAGCAUUUGCCAUGGAGAAAGCAAUAAGCUGCCCAAGCUCCUGGAUGUUUUUUAAUAAAGGUAUAAGGCUUGAAUGUA